CUACACUCAAACUGGAUAUUUAAUAAGCUCAAUAAGGGAACAGACAUACAGUGCUGCAUUUAACAUCAGAUGACUGCACAGCAGCAGAGCUUACAUAAUGACCGGCAGUAACUGCAGCACCUCUGGUUAAAACCUCUCCCAGUCUGCACACCAUGAAUAUCUCCAUCUCCUCCAUCCUGCUCAGUCUGGGAGGAAAAUGUCUGCUCAACUGGAGCAUGGUGUUUCUCCAGAGGAACCACAUCUGCAAAAGUUUUCUUGGGGUUUUCAGUGUUUACCUCGCUGUCGCUGACACACUGCUAACCCUCUCUGUCACCACCUUUCACUUCCACGCUGAUGGAUACGUCCUCCUCCUGGGCUUCAAGCUGACCAGGUACCAUGUAUGUUUGCUGGUUCAAAUCCUCGGACAAGUCUACAGUGCUCUGCAGUGGCCUGUUGUAGUCGUGGCCGGUUUGGACCAUUACUUCACCAUCAGUCAGAGGCUGCAACCCAACACCGCCAGGGCCAGACGGGUUGUUUGCUUAUUUGUGACCUGCCUCCUGUGGUACCUCACUGCUCUCUACGUUUUCCUGCUGUCUGACUUCAUUCCUGUCAUGGAGGAUGUGUCUUACAACCUGAUACACCAAUGCUGGGUCUUCCACACCUCUCAGAUCCUGCAGGUUACAAUUUUUCUCCUCCUGGCUCUGGGCUGUGCAGCAUUGCAUGCUGGGCGCAGCGCACAUUUAUUAAAAAAUCCUCCUCUGAGAGACCAAAUUACAGACCACAGUAGAGCUCACUCCAGAAGAAGUGUUGUUCACCAAGCCCUGCGUAUAUUUCUGGACACAUGGGCUUUAUUCCUGGCUAUUUUUCUGGCUGUGCUCCUCCUGUUACCUGUGGGAAUACCUGCAUACCUGGGGCUGAACGUUGCCUGGCUCUGCUUCCUCAACAGCCUCCUGAUAGCGUUCGUUUUAUGUGUAGUCUGUCCAGCCUCGCAGCUCGUGCAGGGCCUGGCAACAGUUCCACUCGACAGCUUCUGUGAGUGGAGAUUUAAAUUUAGCCUGGCUGCAGAGGACAGAACAUGACCGCACAAAGCAAACACCAACAGGACUCCAGUUAAAAGUGGAGUUGGAUGCUGAGACCUCAAUGUCUCGUUGGAGGAAGGUAAUUGUAGCUCUAAAGAAAAGUUGGGUAGCCAAGGUAGCAGCACGUCUUUGCCAAUGGUAAUGUGGACAUGUUGGUCAGUCCAAUACUUUGGCCCAACAGAAAUAUCUCAGCAACUAUUGGAUGGAUUACGAUGAAGCUGGUGGAGACAUUCAUGUCAUGGUACUUGGAGAAUGAACCCUUUUGUCUUUGGUGAUCCCAUUUAGCGCCAAGAGCAGCCUGGUCCUCAGACGAUAAAUCGAAUCCUUAUGACUUUGGUCACUGACUUUUUAUUUACCACCACCACCAUGACAAACCAAACACUUGACUCGAUAUAGGACCAUUCACAUUAUACAUUACCAUAGUCAGAAGCCCCACUGAUUUUUUUCACAUGAAACUGCUUUAUUCAGAGUUUUUACUGGUUUUAAUCAGCGGGUCAGUUUGUUUUGGAGAGGAAGAGACCUCUGUGGAUAAUUCAGCUCUUGGCUAAAACCUCCUGAACAUCUGGAUCUUCAGUUAUCAGAGAAAAAAGUUGAGCACAGGUGCUGGGCUAACAGACCGUCUCUGACAUGCCAAACAACGUCACAGAAACACUGAUUUGUGAUGUGAAACUGCUUUAUUCAGUGUUUUUACUGGUUUUAAUCCCUGGGUCCAUUUGUUUUAGGGAGGAAGAGACCUCUGUGGGUAAUUUGGCUCCAGGGUAAACCCUCCUGAACAAUGAACGUUGAAGGAAUUCUACCCAGGAGAAGUUUCAGCUGGUUGCAGUCUGCUACAGUAUCUUCAUGUCUAGAUGCCACUAAAUCCUCCUAAGUCUCACACACUUCUCCUUAACUCUGGCCUGCAAAAUUAUUUUAUUUUUUCCCAUUUUUAUUUUCCAUGGUACUUUUGAUUUUGAAAAGCAUUCAAUUUUGUUAGCAUGGCUGCAGAAUCAGAGCAUAAAAAUGCCUUUGAAAAUGCCAUAUUUAAUAUUUGUCACCAGUGGUGGUAGGUCAUUAAAUACAUUUUCUCUCAGGUGCUCUUCCUAAUUACAAUUUUGAGGUGUAGUACUUUUUUUUUUUUUUUGCUAC